AUGGAGGGCAUUACAUCCUCGCUCCCUUCUUUCGGAGCGAUUUCUUUCACAAAGAAGAAGAGGAGGAAGAAUGGUCCUGGGAAUUCGAGAGAGCAGCACACAGCCAGAUCGGAAGAGCGCAAAUGGCAGCAGCUGUUCGACGAUCCAGCAAAGUGGUCGGACAAUCGAUCAUCCAAGAAAUCUCCCAAGGAUCCAGAUUUCGUCCACGUCUUCACGUGGGAAGGCCUGUGGAUUGAUUCCUGCGGCUGCCCGAGCUGGGUGCCAAUCAAGCUCGAGUCUCUCGGCACCAAAUAUCGCUCCAGCGUUCUUCCAUCAGACCAAGAAACGCUCAAACUCUACUCGAGAAUGCGAGAACAAGGAUCAGCUCCAGGCAUUUCUUUGAUCCUCGCAGCGCUCAAGGCUUGCAGCAAUCUCAAGCAGCUGGAGAUCGGCAUGGAGAUCCAUUCUCGCUUGGACAGUGACGAAGCAUCGAACGAUUUCGUGGCCAGCGCUCUCGUCCAUAUGUACUCGGCGUGUGGAAGCUUGCAAAGCGCUCGCUCGGUGUUUGAGAAGAUGGUGGCUCCAGACCUGGUGGCUUGGAACGCUAUGAUCAGAGGCUACGUUCAAGGUGGCGAUGGCGAUCGAGCUCUCGGCCUCUUCUCUCGGAUGGAAACAACUGGGAUCGAGCCGGAUGGCCGGACUUUCGUAGCGGCCUUGAACGCCUGCGCCAGUGGUGCUGAGAAGGCUGGAAGUGUUGGAUCGAGAGAAGAGCUUCUAGAGAUCGGGAAGAGGAUUCACGCUCGCGCUGCCAAGAAGAGGUUCGACUUGGAGGAUAUGUUCUUGGCGAGCAGUUUGGUCGACAUGUACGCAAAGUGUGGAAGCAUGGAAGAAGCUCGUCGGGUGUUCCAGAGAGUUGGAGCACAAAAGGCUGAUGUUGCGUUGUGGACUGCUAUGAUCUUUGGUUACUCUCGGGCUGGCGACGCAAAGCUAGCUCUAGAGUUCUUCUGCAGGAUGGAAAGUGAAGGUGGGAUUCGACCGAAUGCUCGGACCUUUGUUGCCGCGAUCGCUGCUUGCACGGGUCUUGCAACGAGGAGAUCAAUCAGGCCGGAAGUUGACGACGAUGAUCAUCGAGAACUUCUGGAGAAGGGACGAUUGAUUCACUCGCAGGUCGUAGAACUCGGACUGGAGCUGGACACAUAUGUUAGUAGCAGCCUGGUGGAUUUCUACUCCAAGUGUGGGAGCAUGAUCGAGGCUCGAAGGGUUUUCGACAGGAUUCCACUGGCAAAACGAGACGUCGUCUUGUGGACGAGCCUGGUUCUUGGAUAUGCACAGGGUGGCGAAGGAGAGAUCGCUCUCGAGCUGUUCUCGCGCAUGCAAAGUGCUGGUUUGAGACCGAAUGCUCGAGCUUUCGUCGCUGCUCUCGCUGCCUGCUCGAGCUUAGCAGCAGAAAGACAAGAAUCCAGUGGAAAAGUCUCCAAACUUUCGUGGCUUCUAGGGAGAACAAUGGAACUCCACGCUCAAGCUGCGAGGACGAACGAUCUAGAGGACGUUUUCGUUACCAGUUCGCUGCUCGAUCUCUACUCCAAGUGCGGUGGAAGCAACCUGGAGAGAACAAACCGGGUUUUCGAUCAGAUGGCCUCUCACGACGUGGUUUCUUUCACGGCAGUGAUCUCCGGCUAUGCUCAGAGCCAAGCUCCAGAUAUGGCGCUCGCGUUUCUCUCGAGCAUGAAACGCGAAGGCCACGCUCCAAAUGCCUCGACUUACGCUGCUGCGAUCAAAGCUUGCGCAAAGAUGGCGGCCGUGGACGCCGGAAGAAAACUCUACUUGCAAGCUUGCAAGGCCGAGCUGGGAGAAGAUAGUGCCGUGGCUUGCGCUGCGAUCGACUUCUACGGCAAAUGCGGCAGCAUGGUCGCCGCAAAACAGGUUUUUGAUUGCGUGACAAGAAUUCCCAGCAACAAAAGUGAUCCAGUGAUUUGGAGCUCGCUCAUCUCGGGUUAUAGCCACAAUGGCGAUGCUCCAAGAGUGUUUGAUCUCUUUGAAACAAUGAGAAAGGAGCGUGUCAAACCGGAUAGCAUCACUUUUCUCUCGGUUCUAGCCGCGUGUAGCCACGCCGGGAUCGUCGAUCGAGGAAAGGAGCUGUUUUUAUCGAUGAGUUCUCCGGAGUAUGGAUUAAAACCAGCGAUGGAGCACUACAACUGCGUGAUUGACAUGCUCGGACGAGCAAACCGGCUAGACGAUGCCUUUCUCUUGGCAAAAACAAUGCCGUGGAAGCCAAGUGUGGAGAUCUGGACGACGCUGCUGGAUGCCAGUCGAAAGUGGGGGAAUUUGCGAGUGGGAAGAGCCGCGUUUCAAGCCAUCAAGGGAAUGGACGAGCGGAACAGCGCCAGCUACUUACUAAUGGCCGAAACUUUGAUAAGUUGCUAGAGUUUCUUCCGCGAAGUCUGGGAACUUCCGUACGACAAAGCUUAAAGUUUGAUCGGUUGUUGGGCCACGAAAUCGAGUGCUGGCCCGACCGUGCUUGGUGGUCUCGCGAUUGAGACGGCACAUUUGAGCAAACGAAGAAUCAAAGCAAUACAGCUGUGAGUUGGCUCUGCGAUUUUGGAACGUUUAAUCGUGUUAGCAAUGUCAAUCGAUAAUAGCGUGGAAAAAAAAUGGCCUUGGGCGACAGUCCGGAAAAGGAAGAACGCAAGGAAUAAAAUUUUGGUUCAAGUAUUUCUGUCAGAUCUUUUCUCCGCUCUGUAUUAAGCUAAGAACUUCACGUUCAUAUU